AUGGUCGUACUCGGUACCGUCACUCUUCCACUCGGGUUCCCGUCUAACACCCGCGAACACACCUUCGUAGUUACACCUACGUUGACGUGGAACAUGAUUCUAGGGCUUGAUUUCUUAUCGCACCACCGAUGCUGUCUGAACGCGUAUGAACGCACCCUGAGGUUCGGACAGGAGCACCCAGCUGUCCGGGCUGGUCCUUGCUCACUGGAUACGGAGGCCAUCUGUGCCGCUAUCGCGGCGGCUUUUGCCCUUCCUCCCUCAAACAUCGAGUCCGUCAUGCCCACUGAUCCUGACAUCAAAGAGCAAGAUAUACAGGCAGUGGACUGUCUGUGUUUCUCAGCCGGCUUAUAG